AAGUAAUGCUAGUAACAAAAGGCAUAUUUUUCAUAGGUACUGGAAUUUGGUGCAAUACCGUAAUAGAAGAUUGUUGUUGGUUUUUCAAACUACCUCACAAAGACGGACCAUCUCGAAAUGUAGGAAAUCCGUUGGCUAAAGAUUAUCUGACCAAAUUUUCCGACAACGUUUUGGCUGGCGAUACGGAGAGUGCGGAACAAGUUCUGUCAAUUGCUAGAAAACUAUCUUAUUGGAGAAAUAAUAGAGCUCGAAUUAUGGACCAGAUGGUUGUGUGGUUGAACAAGCAGGAUUUGCCCAAGGAGCUGCAAGAAUCUACGGACAAUUUUGGUGCGAUCAUACCCCAAGUGGUAGUUUGUGGUACACUUACUCGAAGAGCUGUAGAAUCCACAUGGAUGACAGCUUCAAACGCACACCCGGAAAGAAUUGGAUCUGAGCUCAGAGCGAUGGUUCAGGCUCCUCCUGGUUAUAACAUCGUGGGUGCCGAUGUCGAUUCGCAAGAGCUGUGGAUAGCUUCUGUAAUAGGGGAUUCCCGCCAUGCGGCGAUGCACGGCUGCACACCGUUGGGAUGGAUGACGUUAAGCGGAAACAAAUCUGAAGGGACGGACAUGCACAGCGUCACCGCAAAGGCAGUCGGCAUCAGCAGAGACCACGCCAAGGUCAUCAACUACGCUAGAAUCUACGGUGCCGGCCAGAAUUUCGCCGAAAGGUUACUGAAACAGUUCAAUCCGACCAUGUCCGAGACCGAAGCGAGAAGCAAAGCGCGGAAAAUGUUCGACAUGACCAAGGGAAAGAAGUUUUAUUAUCUGACGCGGGAGUAUGUACAUGAAUUUGGCGAUCAUCCGUUCACGAAAUGGCAAGCUAUGGAACUGGCCAAGGCGCACGGGAAAAAGUGUCGGAGAUGUUUGAGACGUCAAAGUGGGUCGGAGGCACCGAGUCCGCCAUGUUCAACAGGCUGGAAGAGAUUGCGAACAGCGACAGGCCUACCACUCCAUUUUUAGGUACUGGAAUUUGGUGCAAUACCGUAAUAGAAGAUUGUUGUUGGUUUUUCAAACUACCUCACAAAGACGGACCAUCUCGAAAUGUAGGAAAUCCGUUGGCUAAAGAUUAUCUGACCAAAUUUUCCGACAACGUUUUGGCUGGCGAUACGGAGAGUGCGGAACAAGUUCUGUCAAUUGCUAGAAAACUAUCUUAUUGGAGAAAUAAUAGAGCUCGAAUUAUGGACCAGAUGGUUGUGUGGCUGAACAAGCAGGAUUUGCCCAUGGAGCUGCACGAAUCUACGGGUUUGUGUAUAAAUAAUAAUACCGCGCAUCAUCAACUUAAGUUCUUCCUUGACUUUAUCUAACAUCAAAACAACCAAACGUUACAAAUUUAACCACAAACCAUAAACGUGCCAUCUAAUUUUCCAUCUUCCAGACAAUUUUGGUGCGAUCAUACCCCAAGUGGUAGUUUGUGGUACACUUACUCGAAGAGCUGUAGAAUCCACGUGGAUGACAGCUUCAAACGCACACCCAGAAAGAAUUGGAUCGGAGCUCAGAGCGAUGGUUCAGGCUCCUCCUGGUUAUAACAUCGUGGGUGCCGAUGUCGAUUCGCAAGAGCUGUGGAUAGCUUCUGUAAUAGGGGAUUCCCGCCAUGCGGCGAUGCACGGCUGCACACCGUUGGGAUGGAUGACGUUAAGCGGAAAAAAACCGAAGGCACGGACAUGCACAGCGUUACCGCAAAGGCAGUCGGCAUCAGCAGAGACCAUGCCAAGGUCAUCAACUACGCUAGAAUCUACGGUGCCGGCCAGAAUUUCGCCGAAAGGUUACUGAAACAGUUCAAUCCGACCAUGUCGGAGACCGAAGCGAGAAGCAAAGCGCGGAAAAUGUUCGACAUGACCAAGGGAAAGAAGUUUUAUUAUCUGACGCGGGAGUAUGUACAUGAAUUUGGCGAUCAUCCGUUCACGAAAUGGCAAGCUAUGGAACUGGCCAAGGCGCACGGGAAAAAAGUGUCGGAGAUGUUUGAAACGUCAAAGUGGGUCGGAGGCACCGAAUCCGCCAUGUUCAACAGACUGGAAGAGAUUGCGAACAGCGACAGGCCUACCACUCCAUUUUUAGGUAUAUGUAUU